UUUUCAUCAUGAUAUCUUUUAACAUCCAUCUUUCCAUCUUUCUUGUUUGAAAAGAAGAUUUGAAACAAUUUUUUUUUGAGGUUGUAAUUAAUUAUUUACUUGAAAGUGUGAUAUUGAAGAGAUAGAUAUCCGUAAGAAGAAAAGGAAAGACUCACUAUUUAUAUAUUUAUUCCUACGCUAAAUGAUCAUUAAGUGAUUUCCGCUGCAGAGCAAUUUGUUUUCUUAAUUCAAAAUGGCAAAGGCUGAAAUAAAUAACGAGAUCAUUCUGCUGCGACAUACGGUUCGUCAAGCACGAAUUUGUGUAGUGAAUAAGCUUAUCAGAGAAGCUAAACUAUUACGAAAUAGACACGGAAAUGAAACGCAACAGGAAAAAUGUAAAAAAAAAGCUGAUAAACUUAUCGCUGAAAUUUAUGCGUUGAAAGGAAUUAAAGAUGAUGAUAUUUCCAAGUUUGGUAUCAUAAAUGAGAAAGAUUUGACUACAAUAUUACAAGAUGAGUCUUUAAGUCAUAGCGAUCGCGUAAAAGCAAGAGUUGCACAUUAUAAAACUUUGUACAGAAGACUAAUGCAAUUUAAGGAGAAAUUCCCAGACUGUAAAAGAUAUUUAUUAGAAAAAAAGAAGAAAAAUGUUAAAUCGAAGAAUAAAGGUAUCACAAAAAAUAAAAAGUCUUUAAAAGAUCCUUUAAAAAAUCCUCAGUCUCAGAAUGAAAAUUCAGAGGAACAAAAAAUUAAUUCUUAUAAAAACAUUAAACACUCCCAAUAUAAAUCUCAAAAUGAGAAAAUAUGUAAUAUCAAAUUACUUGAAGCCACAAAUAAUUUGGAUGAAUGCGAGAAAUCAUUGAAUGAGGAUAGUGCACCCCUGAAAAAAGAAAAAGUGUCAAAGUUAGAAGAUGAUACAUUGGAGCACAUGGUUAUACAUAAGCAACCAAAUGUAAUUAAAUCAUGUAGUGUUACAAAAGAAGCUACUGUAAAAAAAUUUACCGAACUCUUAGAGGAACAAGAAUCUAGCAAAAAUGUGGAGAUGUCUAAUGAAAUUCCAGAUUCCACAACUGAACCACCAAAAAUGUAUGAUGAUUUUUUCGUUAUGGGAGACAAUCAAGAUUCUCAGACGAGUAAUAUUAGUGCCUCGACAUCACAUGUAAAAUCUCAUAAAUAUAAUACACGAGUGAAAAGUCAGUUCCAGUCAGGUAAUGGACUUAAAAAGCAAAACAUAAAGUACAAAAACGAUUCAAAUUUCCAUAAAAGAUAUCAAGAUAAACAAUCUUCUGUUAAGCGAUUAAAUAAUAGAACAUCUGACAAAAUUCAUAAGGAUAUAAAUAAGAGUAAUUCAAAUGAUGCCAAUAACAAAGAAAAAGACACUAAUUUGCAUCCUUCUUGGUUGGCUAAAAGAAAAGAGAAAAUCAUGAGCCAACAAUUUCAAGGAAAAAAGAUUGUAUUUACCGAUGAUUAGAUUAACAUUUGUAAUAAUUUAUAAUAGUAACAGUUCUGUAAAAUUAAUAACAAAAAACUUUAAAAAAUUGACCAAGGAUUUUGUAUCGAGAGUAUUGCAAAUUUAUGAUAUAUGUCUGUCAUUAUUUUAACGUAAGUGUUUACAUAUGUACAUUUAUUUGAUGUAAUUUAUGCAAAUGUUCUAUGAUAUUAAGAUUUUUUUACUUUGUAAAUAAUUUAUGUGUUAUAUAAGAUACAGUUCUGUGAGUCGAUAUACAUUUUCAUUCAUAUGUAUCUUGCAUUAAAAUAUAUUAUGGGCGUAUGAUGUAACAACAUAUUUGGAAAUAAUAUUUGUCAAAGAAUAAAGGCGAAUAAAAAUAUGAAUUUAAGCACUUAAAUAAAGAA